UUUUGACCGACACCAAAACUAGGACCAACUAUUUGAUUGAAUGUCCAUUCAUCUCAGUACUACGUGCAAUUUAUGGUCUGUUAUUGUGCCCUUUCAUUUCUUCCAUGACCAUUAUCUCCGCACUCUAUUCUCGUAGAUGAAAAAGGAUUUGACAUGGCUAAGGGAAGGCGAUGCUAUCUUCAGCUCCCAAUUACAUCCAGAAUGAAUUCAUUUUUUCCUGUAUUCAACUCUUCUUCUGUAACUGCUGUAUUACUUUGUUGUAUGGUUGAAAGCUGGGUUUCAGAUUCUUAGAUUCAUGAUAGACUAAUUGCUUCAGGUGUCUGGUCAGAGUUCAGCAAACUUCAAGCUCAACCAUGCUUUACGAAACUCUUUGGUAGUUCAAGUAAAGAAAGAAUUUCUUCAGUAUCAUAAUGUGUGAUCAUCUGUGUGGCAAUGAUAUUUUCAGUAUUCUGUUCCAUGAAUGAACUACCAGAAAAUUCUUCCAUGGGAUUGAUGAAAGAAAUUGCUACUCUCGAAAUUGAAAUAAUGCGUUUGGAACGAUAUCUACUCUCCCUUUACCGGACAGCUUUUCAGCAGAAUCUCCCAGCUUUGUUGGAAAAUCAGAAAAGCCAUUUACAGGGCAAGAUAAGCUCCCCUACCCAGUCUACAACUGACCAAUCAUAUUCCAAUGUAGAACUAGAUAUGGCAAAAUGUGGUGCGGACCAAUAUGACCGAACCUCCGCUACAUAUGCUUUUGCUGGUUCAAGUGAUCAGAUUCAGACUGCCAAGAAGUCAUCAUCCAUAAGGGAAAAGUUUGCUGAUUCUGGCCACCGUAGCCUUGCGGAUCAUCUCACGGCCUCUCGCAUGGAUGACGUUCUUAGUUAUCCUGAUAGGCUUUCUGAAGAAAUAGUGAGAUGCAUAUCUUGUAUAUACUGCAAAUUUGCCAACCCCAAAAUUCUUGCUCAAAAGGGAUUAUCAGUUUCUUCUACUUCGUCAUUAUCAUCAUCAAGCACAUUUUCUCCGAGAAAUCUGUCAGGUAGCUGGAGCUCACUUCACAAUGAAGAGAGCACUGAGCAAUAUGAAUUUGACGUCUGUAAAGAUGACAGCAGGCCAUAUUCUACAAUGAUAGAAAUUUUAAAGAUAUGUCUAGAUGACGAUAGUUUCAAUUAUGCCACUGCAAUGCUGCAUAAGUUCAGGUCACUGGUUAAGAGCCUUGAAAAGGUUGACCCAAGAAAUAUGAAGCGUGAAGAAAAGCUAACAUUUUGGAUCAAUAUUCACAAUGCCCUGGUGAUGCAUGCUUAUUUAGCCUAUGGAACACAAAAUUCUGUCAGAAGUUCUUCAAUCUUGAAGGCAGCUUAUAAUGUGGGUGGCCACUGCGUAAAUGCUUAUGUCAUACAGAGCUCCAUAUUAGGGAUACGACCACACUAUUCUGCACCGUGGCUACAGACGCUCUUUUCUCCAGGAAAAAAGCUUGCGACGGGAAAUUCCAGACAUGCGUAUGCCAUUGAGUACCCUGAGCCACUUGUUCACUUUGCACUGUGUUUGGGUGCAUCUUCUGAUCCUGCGAUCCAGGUUUACACGGCGAAGAAUGUAUUCCAGGAUCUUAAAGCUGCGAAAGAGGAGUUUAUAAGAGCUACAGUUUGCAUUAACAGGGACAAAAAGAUUUAUCUUCCUAAAAUCAUAUGCUAUUUUGCAAAAGAUAUGUCCCUGAGCACGGAUGGACUACUUGAAACUGUCAUGGAAUCUCUACCGGAAACUCAAAUGAAACUAGUCAGAUCCUGCAUGAAGGACAGAGCCGAUAAGUUGAUUUAUUGGUUACCACAAAGUUGGACAUUUAGAUAUUUGAUCCAGAAACAAGUAAUCCAAGGAAGGUUAUCCAUUUAACUGUCAAUAUUAGCUUAGUACUCAUUUCUCUCCUUUAAUGGAUAAGGCUUGUAAGCAUUAUUAUUAUUCUGUUGGGAUGUUCAGUAAGUUAUAUGGAAGAGGUGGUUGUAUCGUCCUAUAUGACGAGUCGAAAAUUGUAAGUAAAUUAAAGUUUGUCUGCUUGCAUUUUUUUGUUUUCACGGUGAAACACAACCUGCACCAAUCUAUGAAACUAUUGUUUGGAUGA